AUGGUUGAGGAUGCUUUAUCCUGCCUGAGGAAGGCUGCCAAAAAAGUGAGCAGUAUCUACACCCAGGCUCUGCUGGCCUACACAUUUACUCUGAGUAAUGAUACUGAACUCAGGGAGAUGCUGCUGACUAAACUGGAUGAGAAGGCUGUCAGGAAAGACGGACAAAUACACUGGGAGCAUAAACCUUCCUCUGAGGCCUCUGACUUUCCAUCCUGGUACCAGGCUUCUUCAGCCGAGGUGGAGUUAACCUCCUAUGACACGGUUGUAGCUCUAGAGGCUCUUGCUAAGUAUGCCGAGGCCACAUUCACUGACAAGGGAGAUGUAACAGUCACAGUCAGUUCCAAGACUGGAUUCCAUCAACAGUUCCAUGUGGAUCACACUAACCGGCUCCUGCUACAGAAAUCCUCACUGUCAGAUAUCCCUGGGGACUACUCUCUGUCAGCUAGUGGGAGCGGCUGUGUGUAUGUACAGACUGUCCUGAGAUACAACAUUCCCCCACCUAGAAGUGAUGCCACCUUCUCAGUACAAGUAGAGACACAACCAAUCAAAUGUCCGAAGGAUCCAAUGAAACAGCUGUGCAUAGACAUUUACAUUCAAUACACAGGGUCACGGGAGAAAUCCAACAUGGCUCUUGUUGAGGUCAAGCUGCUCUCUGGCUUUAUCCCACUGAAGAACUCAGUGAAGAAGCUAGUGAACAGCAAUACAAUAAAGCGGAGUGAGAUCCAAUCUGAUAUAGUGACGUUGUACCUGAAUGAGUUAGGGCGCGAUAGAGUUCAUCUCUCCUUUCUGGUAGUCGAAGACAUUAAGGUCAAGAACCUGAAGCCGGCCACAGUGAAAGUGUACGAUUAUUACGAGACAGCGGAAUAUGCAGUUACUGAGUACAACUCCCCCUGCAGCUCUGAUGCAGAGACAGGGAACGUAAGUUAAGAUGUAGACGAGAAUCACUAUAUCAGAGAUCCUGGAAACUUCUACAACUGAACACAAACCAAAGCAGUGAUAUAGUAUUUUA